CUGUUAUGUCUUAUUAGGUCUUAGGUUCAUAUUAUAUACUUGGGUGUCAUACUUGCUUUGUCCUGCCCUCUUUAACAUCAUUGGAUACAGCAAAAACAUGUCUGGUAAGUAUUUUCUAUCAUUUCUCUGCCUUGUUGGGUUUCAUCUCUAUUAAGCUUCACUUUGUCUCCACGACUGGACAAUGGGUCAAAUCUUUGAGCACAAAAGCCUUAGAAAGACAGGUAUAAUAAAGGGACAGGGAUUUGUUUUGCUUUUGAUGUGUUUUUUCCCCGUGUACUAGGUCAGACGGUGUGUGUGAGACAGUUAGAGAGUUGGUGGACAAUGGUGGAGAACAAUGCCAGUGACAGGCACAAUAUAAAAGAGGCCAGAGCAUUCUCAAGCUAUACUGUAUGUCUCGGUAUGAUAGGAGUGUGUGUGAGGGUGUGUGUGUCACUGUGCGAAUGCUGGGCUUGGACUGUUUUCCUACCUAACACGGUGAGAUGAGUUUGGAUUCCAUUGAAUUUUUGUGAUUUCUGUAUUAUUCUGAGCUCAUUUUCAGCCUGCGGAUUAGGAUAGCUGCUAGAAACUGUUGGUUUGAUCAUGAAAAGUUGUCUCUUUUACUUUUUAGAAUCUAACUUUUGUGUUUCAAAGUACAUAAAACCUCUUGAUAACUUUAUAUAAAAUUGUAUUUUUCUAAAGGUUUUGACUGUAAGGUCUAUUUCUUAGCAUUGUACUGUAGAUGCCAAGAGCAAGAACACACUAUAUUUGUUAAAUAUUAAAUUGAAUUUGACUUUUAUUUGGUUUAUUUGAAGCCUGUUUGUUUUCCAAAGCAAAGAUUGUCCUUUAAAACUUUUCUAAGAUAACUGUUACUGUGUCUUACAGCGAAGACAACACUGUAAAUGUGUGUAGAGACUUUAACGUGUACAACUUCAGACAAUUAAACACUUUUUUCCAUCAUCCAUUUUGCCUUUUAGCUGCUACAAUGAACCUGAAUCCGUCUCAUCACCUCUCGCUGCUCCUUUUACUUGUAAUAAACCUCAAAGGUGCGUAUGGGAGCAGGAUCAUUGGUGGAGAUGUGGUGUCCCCCUACACCAUCAAGUACCAGGCCUCCCUGCGCUUCUUUAGUAGUCACUUCUGUGGAGGCAUCCUCGUCCACCCUCAGUGGGUGAUGUCUGCUGCCCACUGCUGGCGGCCGACGUACUUCAUCCAAGUUUACCUGGGAGACCAUGAUAUCACAAAGUGGGAAGGAUACGAGCAGGUUUUCAAUGUCAUAUUCAUCAUCAGACAUGGACAGUACAACUACUUGACCUUUGACAAUGACAUCAUGCUGCUUAAGUUGCACAAACCAGCAGAAAUCAAUUCCUGGGUGGAUACUGUCACGUUGCCAGAUUUGAACCUAGUCCCGCUGGAUCAAGACACUGUAUGCACAGUCAGCGGCUGGGGCGUGAUCUCCCUCAACUACUAUCAGCUCUCUCCCGUACUGAGAGCUGUGGAUGUGAACAUCUUCCCCAACUGCUGGUACUUCUACUACUUCAGGAUCACACAGAACAUGAUCUGCGCUGGCUCCCAGAAUGGUGGCAAAGAUUCCUGCCAGGGAGACUCAGGAGGACCUCUUAUAUGUAACGGCAAACUUGAGGGUAUUGUGUCCUGGGGUAUCGGCUGUGCCUAUGCUUAUUACCCUGGGGUCUACACCAAAGUGCAAAACUACCUCAGUUGGAUAAAUUUCAUCAUCCAGAAUCGCUGAAAACACUUUUAAUACAAGCUCCUCAAAGACUCAUUUGCAAGACGAUAUAAAUCAACAUAAUGGACUCAAUUGAGUCCAAACGGAUAUGUUUGUUAUUGUCUUUAUUGUGUAACUUCCUGUAUAAUACUGUACAUCCUAUAAGUCUGAACAGAUUAAAAAUAUAACAAAUUAAAAUUUUCACAAUCGGUGAUUUUGCCCUGGCAGGCAGAGAGCAGUCUCUGAUCGUAGCCUAUUGUUACAAAUGUAACAAUCACAACUUUAAACUUAGUCAAAUGGAAUGAAAGAAAAGAGAAAAAUGCAGCCGUAUUCAAAAAGGAGAGGGUAGAAAGUCAGACAAAAAACUUUAUUUAAAUAAACUUCUGACUAAGUCCUGAAGCUCUGACUUGAAUGAAAAACAAACAAAAAAAAAAUCUGGAUUAGAUUGAACUAUUUGGAUCCCACAGGGGGAAUUCUUGAGAGUUUUGAGAACAAAGAAUGCAGAAAUUGAUGAAUCAGACUAAAUGUUUUGAAACGUGGCAGUCGCCUGGUAAUGUUGCCAAAGAUUGGUUUUGUAGGAGAGAGAGUGAGAGUGGCCUGAGUUGAACCUUAAAAAAAAAAA